AAAGGACAUCAUUUUGCACACCCUCUGCCGGUACUCGUCUUUAUACACGGAGGCUCGUAUUACACGGGUAUGGGCGCCAUCUUCGAUGGAAGUGCUCUCGCGGCGCAAGACAUUGUGGUUGUUUCAAUCAACUACAGGAUUGGAGCGCUUGGUUUCCUUGCCACUGGUGAUGCCGACCUACCGGGGAACUAUGGGAUGCUGGAUAUCAUCGCCGCCCUGCAAUGGACACGGGACAACAUUGCUUAUUUCCAUGGCGACCCUGACCUCGUCACCAUAGACGGUCACAGCGCCGGCGGAUCCAGUGCAGGACUAGUAAUGAUGUCUCCGUUAGCUAAAG